CUUUCUCCAUAACAAGUAGAUUUUCCAUGAUAAUGGGGAACCACAAUUUGGUUCUACCAAUCUUAGCACUUUUCCACUUGGGGACAUUGCUUAUUUCUCUGGCAUGUCCUUACUGCCCAUACCCAAUUCCUCCCCCCCUUCCACUCAAAUUUCCACCAAAACACCCCCCAACUGUAAAGCCGCCAAAAACACCACACCAUCCCUCACCCAAACCUCCCGUCGUAAAACCACCAACACACGUGCCCAAACCUCCUAAUGUAAAGCCGCCGUCGAAACCUCCCGUAGUUAAGCCACCUUUCACUCCCAAACCUCCCUUUGUAAAGCCGCCACGGAAACCUCCAGUAGUUAAGCUACCUUUCACUCCCAAGCCUCCCAUUGUGCACCCACCAUACAAACCCACACCCACGCCUCCUCUAUUGCCACCACCAUCUGUGCCAAAACCACCCAUCAUCAAACCACCACUCCCACCAAUAGUCACGAAGCCUCCACCCGUCCCCGUAACACCACCGGCGCCACCAACUGAAACGCCGUGUCCUCCACCACCACUGUGUCCUCCGCCAUCACCUGCACAGCAAACUUGCCCCAUUGAAACCCUAAAACUGGGUGCAUGUUUGGACUUGUUAGGACGUCUUAUACACGUUGAAAUUGGCAGCAGUGCUAAGGACACUUGUUGUCCAGCACUAGACGGACUUAUCGACUUGGAUGCAGCAUUAUGCCUUUGCACCACAAUAAAGGCUAAGCUUCUGAAUAUUAACAUCCUUAUACCAAUUGCCCUUGAAGUCCUUGUUGACUGUGGCAAAACUCCACCCCCUGGUUUCCAGUGCCCUGCCUAAGAUGAAUAAUGUGCAAAAGGACGAAGAAUUACCAGAACACACUCGUCAGUGUGGUUGCUGUUGGAAAAACGCUCUGGCAAACAGUUAUAGAGGAGUUCCACAAUAUACCAAUUAGAUAAGGAUGGUAGAUAAU